ACAGCAGCAUCCUGAACAAAACAUGACAUCUCCAAACAUGAUCAGAUGGUUGUACGCCAUGAUUGUGGCCCUGCUUGUAGGAAAUGAAGUGCAAGCCAGGACACCGGGGAGCAGCUCUCCUUCUGUUUGCUGGACUAAGUGGCUUGACCGGGACAACCCUAGUGGGAAAGGGGACUUUGAGACUCUACUUGACCUGCGCCGUGAAUACCCAGGAUACAUCUGUCAAAAGCCACUCCAAAUUGACGUCGAGACAACAUCUGGAGUCAUUGUGUCUUCAGAUGUCAUUUCUGUAUCUGACACAACCACAGGAUUCAUCUGCCUAAAUUCAGAACAGAAAAAAGGCCAGUGCUCGGAUUAUCGUGUUCGAUUUAAGUGCCCUCUCAAUUUCUGCCUUAAAGAUUGCUGGACUCCUUGGUUUGAUAGAGACAACCCCUCUGGUACUGGAGACUAUGAGACUCUUAAGGACCUGUACAAUGAAAAUCCAAAUCAAAUCUGCCAAGCACCACUUCAUAUUGAAGUCCAGACUACAUCUGGGUUAAGCAUGCAUUCAACAGGCGAUGUGGUUGCUGUAGCUGACACUACCAGUGGGUUCAUCUGUAGAAAUUCAGACCAGAACAUGGGAAUGUGCUCUGAUUAUCGUGUACGUUUUAGAUGUCCACUUGACUACUGCCAGCAGAAAGAUUGCUGGACUCCUUGGUUUGAUCGAGACAACCCCUCUGGUACUGGAGACUAUGAGACUCUUAAGGACCUGUACAAUGAAAAUCCAAAUCAAAUCUGCCAAGCACCCAUUGAUAUUGAAGUCCAAACUACAUCUGGUUUAAGCAUGGAUUCAACAGGCGAUGUGGUUGCUGUAGCUGACACUACCAGUGGGUUCAUCUGUAGAAAUUCAGACCAGAACACGGGAAUGUGCUCUGACUAUCGUGUACGUUUUAGGUGUCCACUUGAUUACUGCCAGCGCAAAGGUUAGCUCAUCUGAUGGUUUUGAUCGUCGCCACAAAUACGAAGAGUUGCAUGACAACAAAGUAUGCUUUAGAUGCCCCAUCAAGCCAAGGAGUUUAAUGAACCUUUAAUAGCUCUUGAUUCACUAUAAAAAUAUAACUUGGGCACUGUAUAUGGGUAAA